AUGCAAACUAAUCACGCAUUGAGACUAGUAAAGGAAGGUGAUGCUAUUCAAGAAGGUCACAGUGAUGCCAUUGAAUGCUCAAAAUCCAGCAUCCAAGUACACCAAGGUCCCUCAGGGUCGACACUUAAUGGCAUUCCGAUGUACAUUGUUGAGAUCACAAACACGUGCUCAAGAAGUUGUAGUGGCAUUCACUUCUCCUGUGGUGAAUUCUCCUCAGCAAGACUUGUAAACCCUAAGAUUUUCAGGAGACUCAGAGUUAAUGACUGCCUUGUCAAUGAUGGGGCGCCCCUCAAAUCUGGACUAACACUUAGUUUUCAAUAUGCCACUACAUUUGAAUAUCCUCUUGCUGUUACUUCGGCUACCUGCUAG